UUCUUUAUUUUCCUUUUUUCUCUUUUUCUAUACCACAUAUUUCUAUUUCUCACAUCGACUUGGAGAAAUGACACAUCUCAGUGAUUUUUCCUAUCUAGAGCGAUGUACUGUAUGGCUUUACAUGACUGUCUAUUUCGUCUAUUCAGUCUACAAGGGCGAUAGAUUCAAAUGCUUAAGGCCCAGUUCCAUUAUUUCGGGCGAAUUAAAGUCCAUCAUUACAAUACUGCUAAUACUAGCGAUGGUCAUGCAAGCGAUGUGGGAUGUCAUGUCCACAUACGUCAAGUACGAAGAAGGCUUUACAGUCUACGAAGGAAAGAUCAUUGGAAAACCCUUUGCAAUGUGGUCUUCCACUAACCAAAGCAAUAUGGUGGUCAUGGACUAUGUCGAAUGUGUUACUUUUUCAUUACAAGUCGGUGUCUUCUUUUUAAUGCAAUCGUUCUGGAAUUAUCUCUCCAAUUCGGUUGCUCGAAAGAGUUUUAUGAGUUCAUUUGAAUUCAAAUUUUAUAUCUUCUGGGCCCUUGGUAGUAUGGCUAUGUUUCCUGUCCUUCAAUGGGUGUACAGAAAUGAUCUAAGCAAACGAGAGGUGAUUCCUCAACUUGCAUACGGUAUUGAAGCCUUGUGUACAUCAUUACUGGGCAUUAGGUCACACUUUAGAUUCAAGAGGAUUAUUGCUCUAUCCCAACGAAACAAUGGUGCUAGUAACAAGACCAUCGUCACAAGACUGGCCUAUUUCAAGGACAUGAACGCUCUUGUCUCUCUCGUCUUGUUCUUUUACGCCGCAUCAUUCAUCAUUCUUUGUGCUGAUGGUUUAACCACAACCAAAAUAAUUAAUCAAAACAAGUUUGCUACAGACACAAUUAUUGCUAAUGCCAAUAUUUGUGUUAUCCUACUUUGGUUACUCUUGAUUUCCAUUUUCCAUCCCCGACCUCAAUAUACCCGUAGUGCUAGCGAAACAACAAGCACAAAUAACGAAUCGACCAACACCAAUAAUUAUGCCUUCUCUAAUAACACACCCGCAACACGAGUCUUGCCCACAGAUAGAUCACACAACUACGUCAUUAAUGAAAGUGUACGAGGCUUAAGCGAAACCACCAAUAAAUUCGGUGGUGGCAUAUCAACCACCAAGAACGCCAACGGUGGAUUUAUGCGACCCAUGUCUCCUAUUACAGUUGAUUAUCCUCAAUCAUUGACUCAUGACACCGUGCCCUUAACAUCACCUGCCGGUAGACCCUUUUCGCCGAUUGAGUCUCCCCAAUUACGUAACAUGGCUGUUGAAGAUCCUUACAGCAGCCAACCUGUCAUGUUCUCCAUGAUGGAAGGUAAAAAAUCCAGUUCCUCACAACGUUACAACGAACCGAGCAGUCCCGGUAGUAUGGGUCGCCAUGAUAUCCCAAUGCGAGGCAUGAAUAGUAGUAUUGAUAGUCGAAACAAUACCAUGUCUCCUCCGCAACGACGAUUUAUGGAGGAGGACGAAUAUAUGGACACCUACACAGAACAUACACAGACGACUGCACCUUCAAGGAUUCGACGACCUUCGUGGGAGCGUAGAGAUGAGCCUACACAACCAAUCACUGUUUCUCAACCUGGUGGUGAUCAAAUCGUUCGUGAUUGGUUAUGGCAAUCCCCUGAUAGAAGAAAUACUUAAUAUAUAUAUACAUAUAAAAUAUAAUAAAUAAUAAAUAAUGAUAUGAAAAUUGCA